AGCAAAAAUACUUCAUGUGGUGUGGUAAACUACUAUGAGGAGUAAAAUAAAAUGAAACAAACAAAAUAAUAAUUGUAACUUGUUAGUAUUCACGUUUAGUGAAAUCAAAGAAAAAAGUGUCAUUUUCCAAAAGGUUUUGUGAUUCGUGGUAAGUCCCGCGCGCUUACAGCCUCGCGCUGACAGCCGCGCCCACUGCACUACGUCAGAGAUUUGCCUCGCUCGCGCCCACUUGAUCUCACCUGAAACGACUGAAGACAACAUUGGGAGUGAGGCGGGCAGGUUGUAUCCGGAAGAGCGAGCAGUUUAUUUAUGGAUGUAACGCGGCGCGAGAACAACAUGCCAGAAACCAAAAGGAAGCUGAUCGUCGUGGUGGAUAUUCUUUGUGUCUUUGUUGCUGCGCUUCCUUCAGCUAUCCUCACGCUUAAGUUCACCCCUUAUCAGAGGGAUAUCUUCUGCAAUGACCAAAGCAUCAAGUAUCCAUAUAAGGAAGACACCAUCUCACACGGAGUCAUGGCUGCAGUCACCAUCAGCUGUUCCAUCAUCAUUAUCACAACUGGAGAAGCUUUCCUGGUGCACAAGGGUCGCCUGCGCUCCAACACCAAGUUUAACCAGUACCUGUCUACCCUCUACAAGGUGGUGGGGACAUACCUGUUUGGAGCGGCCGUCAGCCAGUCACUAACAGACUUGGCAAAGUUUACCAUUGGUCGUCCUCGCCCGAACUUCUUUGCCGUGUGCGCUCCAGUAUCCUGUGAAGGACUUGUGCUGCGCAGUAACUGCACUGGCCUCUUAAAAAAUGUGACCGAGUCCAGGCUUUCUUUUUACUCGGGUCACUCCUCGUUCGGGAUGUACUGCAUGGUCUUCCUGUCGCUUUAUGUUCAGGCAAGGAUGCAGGGGAAGUGGACCAGAUUAGCGCGACCCACGAUCCAGUUCUUCCUGGUGGGUUCGAUACGUGUCGGAUUUUUUCAAGCAGCGGCCUCAGGUGGAAAUGACGGCAGAGGAGGAACAGCUGGAUCGCAAACCCGGAACGCAGCCUGUGGAACACGGAAACCACCGCAACUGCUCUGGACCUGUUUAAGUUCUCCCAGCUUGUGCUCGCCAACAGCAUCUCCGUUACCAAAAGACCUGGAAGUAGAAAAAGUUCCUCCAACAAUUUUAUAGCUAUGAGAACUUCCAGAACCUGUUGGAACCCGUGUUUCUGUUUUUGUUUGUAUUUUUGCGUGCAUGUGCAUGUGUGUGUGUGUGUGUGAGUGGGCGUAUACAAAUGUGUUGCAAAAAUAUGCCUGUGUGUGGUUUCGAACAAUAUCCAAUAACUAUGUAUAUAGUUUUUUUUUUUUUUUUAAGAAUUCCUGUUCGACAAGUAUAAAGGUUCAGAUCUGUGUGGAGAAGUUUGAUUUGUGCCAAAGACAUGCGUUCCAUUUCAGAAUUUUGUCACUGAGUGAAGGAAAAAACUUUUUUCCACUUUGGUUGAGUCAGAUGAAACUCUCUGCACUGAUGCAGAAUUCUGAUGCUUUAGUCUUUCUCUGCACGAAUUCUGACAUUUGUAGAACAUGUGGACAGCUUUCACUGUCGCCUACAGGGGGCGAUGAUGUACAAAGCUAACAUUUUUAUCCUGUUUAUACCUGAUGUAUCUAAUAAAUUUUGUAGUAUUUUAACCAGUAAAAAGUCAGGAGUGAAAAUUUUGUAACCAAAAAAUAAAAAUUAUUUUAUGUCAGACA